UCUUGGGUUGGGUUCCGUUUGUUGAUCCAGCAGCGAAAAGACUCGCUCGCUCGCUCGCUCGCUGUACGACGCGCACGGAUCUAAUGUGGACCUACAAUCAGUUUAGCGGACCGUAGCUGCUACAGGACAUUCGCGAACGACCGUUAUCUUUAUAUAGUCUAUGUAUUGCAUAGCGGUAGCGAGUAGUGGCGUACACAAAUGGUUCGGUCUGAUAGGUGGUCAGCGGUUCUCUCUGUCUGAGACAUUCGUGUAAGAAACUUUACUUCAUUUUGUGGGUUCGUCUCGGGUUCAUUCUGCAACAGGUUUCUGUAAUAAACCAGCGCUGUAAAGUUGUUGGCCAACAUCAAAUGAGACUGCUCAGUAUAAUGAUACAGUAUAAUGAUGCGUAAAAGAAGAGGAUAAUACAUGCACAAUAUACCUGCCUAUGAAACAACAACAAUAAGAAACACUUCUUGCCUGGCAAGGCGGAGGUCGUAAUAUUCUUUAUAUCUACAAUAUUUAAGGAAAUAUACGGAAUAUACAAUACCUGGAGCUGAUUUUCAAUAUGAUGCCGAUGUUUUUAACCGUGUACCUCAGCAACAGUGACUUCACCGAGCUUCCAAUCACACCGGAGACACUGUGUCGAGAUGUGGUGGACAUGUGUAAAGAGCCGGGGGAGGUGGACUGCUAUCUGGCCGAGAUGUGGAGAGGAUCUGAGCGUGUGAUUGGUGACAGCGAGCGAAUCGUUGAGGUGCUGCAGCGCUGGGGUCAGCAGAGGGCGGAGGCGCGAUUCUUCCUGCGACAUGACCGAGCACCCAGACACGAUACAGGAGGUCACAGAGCUGCAGAGCCUCUUGUCAGGAGGAAUGCUGUAAAGGGGACAGUGGACAGACUCAUGGAGAAUGGAAUGGUGCCCCCUCGUAUGGACCUCACUCUGAGUGAGCUUCAAGAGAUGGCAUCACGUCAACAACAACAGAUCAAUGCUCAACAACAGGUCCUGGCCUCUAAGGAACAGCGACUGCAAUUUCUGAAGCUGCAGGAUCAGCGGAAGCAGCAGCAGCAGAUAUCUGACCAGGAAAAGCUGCGACAGUUACGGGAGAAUGCAGAAAACCAGGAGGCCAAACUGCGCAGGGUUCGAGCUCUGAAAGGACAAGUGGAACAGAAGCGCGUCAGCAACAGCAAACUGGUGGAGGAAAUCGAGCAGAUGAACAGUCUGUUCCAGCAGAAGCAGAGGGAGCUGGUGGUAGCCAUAAGCCGGGUAGAGGAGUUGAGUCGACAACUGGAGAUGUUGCAUGGAGGUAAAAUGGACGUGUCUCUCGAGGCAGGACCGAGCUCCACCGGAGAGCUAGAUCGACUGUAUAAAGAGCUUCAGCUGAGGAAUAAGGUAAACCAGGAGCAAAGUGCCAAACUCUCUCAGCAGAGAGACUGUCUAAACAAGAGGAACCUUGAAAUGGCUGCCAUGGACAAAAGGGUAGCUGAACUGAGAGAGAGACUCUGGAAGAAAAAAGCUGCUCUUCAACAGAAAGAAAACUUGCCUCAGCCAGAAGGGCAGAGCUCUCAGUCUACUAGCAUGCCCCGCGUUGCUGCCGUUGGGCCGUAUAUACAGACCAUCCCAGCCCCUGCGGUUCCUCCUAAGCAGGAGAUUAUGGUGAAGCCUGCUUACCCCGAUGGCACAUCCACCCUACCCAAACCGCACCCCAAACCCAAAACAAGUAUUGAUUUCCUGACAAGUAAAAUCUCCAACACCGAAACCAACAACAGCUCCCAUGGCCACUCCUCCACCCUUCCCCGCAUGACCAGCCACAGCUCCCAGGAAAAAGAUCCUGAAGCAGUUUUGAGACAGGCACCUUUGCCCUUGCGCAAGAACCAGAGUAGUGAGGACCUCUUGAGGGAUGCACAGUCUGCAGGUAGAAUGUUCGGGAAAGUUCCACCUCCGGUUCCGAGCAAGCCCAAACCUGCUCUACCAGGCCAGUCAGCCUCCAGCAAACCUCCGUACAGCACGGGCACGUUCCCUGGCAAGGCCAGAUCAGCCCACCAGAAACCUCCAAUGCCCCUUCCAUCUCAUAAUAAUACCUUACCUUUACCUCUGCCCCCUAAACCGGAUGCUUUACCCGCUGCAGCGGUACCUCCUUUCACAUCAGAGACUUUGGCGGGGAAAGAAACUUCCACCCCCACAACACUUCACAAGCACAAGAUGGGGGCAGCGAGCAGUGACAUCAUCUCAAUAUACACCCAACACAGCACUCCUGCGAAGGCUCACCAAGGGCAAAGUACACUGACCCGUUCACAGCCUCGACUAUACGGUAAACCAGUCAUCUCAUCCAGUGGGGGGCAGCAGUCAUAUCCCCAGGACAGCAGUUAUCUUGAGAAACCUAGUGGUCUAGAUGUCGAACAGGUGGUACAGGGUGCCAAUGUGACACCUGCAUCCUCCUCAGGGGAGGGCCAGGAGACGGAACGUGUUCCACGGCCCCUCAGUCCAACCAAACUGCUGCCGUUCCUCUCAAACUCCCAUCGGCUCCAGAGUGACAUGGACUUGGAGGCCCUGAGGAAGAGACUGCACCAUGCGCCCCGACCUCUUAAAAAGCGCAGCUCUAUAACGGAACCUGAGGGACCUGCCGGUCCCAACAUCCAGAAGCUCCUCUACCAGAAGACCACGUUGGCAGCCAUGGAGACCACCACUGGAACCCCGACAACUUUCUUUCAGACAGAGGAAGAGGAUGGAGGCCGGCAGGCUGAUGCUGAGGGCACUAGACCCCAAGAGGGACACCAUGAUAUGACAAUACCAGAGUGUGAGAAAGAGGAAGAGGAUCUGACCCCUCCACUCCUUCCUCCUCAAUCUUCUGUCUUGGAAGAUAGCACCAUCUCCAACUCUGGACUGAAGGAACCACCUGUGAAGGAAGAACUGCAAGUCUAUGGUCCAGCUGCACCAGAACCCUAUAUUGAGGAGUACCCACCUUACCCCCCACCUCCAUAUCCCAGUACGACAGAACAGGAGGCACCAGGGGAGGAGAGUGUCAAUAUGAAGGUUCCAGAGGUCACUGGACAAGUCACGUUACCGCCGGGCAAAAGGACAAACCUUCGUAUGAUGGGCUCUGAGCGCAUCAGCCAUGGUAUGCGUGUUCGGUUUAACCCAUUGGCGCUCCUGCUGGACUCAUCUUUAGAGGGUGAAUACGACUUGGUCCAGAGAAUCAUAUAUGAGGUGGAGAACCCCAGUAUGCCCAAUGACGAGGGCAUCACUGCUCUGCACAAUGCUGUAUGUGCUGGACACACGGAGAUUGUAAAGUUCCUGGUGCAGUAUGGAGUUAAUGCGAAUGCCGCCGACAGUGAUGGAUGGACUCCACUGCACUGUGCUGCCUCCUGUAAUAAUGUGCAAGUGUGUAAGUUUCUGGUGGAGUCUGGAGCUGCAGUGUACGCCACGACCUACAGUGAUAUGCAGACAGCAGCAGAUAAGUGUGAGGAGAUGGAGGAAGGCUAUGCCCAGUGCUCCCAGUUUCUCUAUGGUGUUCAGGAGAAGAUGGGCAUCAUGAACAGGGGCGUUGUUUAUGCCCUGUGGGACUAUGAGGCCGAAAGCCCAGAUGAGUUGCCCUUUAAGGAGGGAGACUGUCUGACCGUUUUACGAAGAGAGGACAGUGAAGAAACAGAGUGGUGGUGGGCGAGAUGUGCCGACAACGAAGGCUACAUACCUCGCAACCUGCUCGGGCUGUACCCAAGAAUCAAGCCCAGACAGAGGAGCCUUGCGUAAAAUCUUCAUUCAGAAACUCCCAACAUCGCCGAACCGUCCCAGAUCAUGGAAAAGUAAUAUACAUUCAACAGUGCUAAUGUGCCUGAGGUUUCCUAGCGGUUUUGUACUGUUUCAACAAUGGCUUCGUUCGUAAGAGCAAAAGGAAGUUCUGCUCUAAAGAUGAACGCAUCACAUUUACACUGAAAAAUCUGAAGAAUAAUAGUUUUAUAGUGGUAGGGUGAAUUAGGGUAAUCUGGGAUGUGCUGUAUGAUAUUCUGACUUUUAGGAGUAAUUCAGCCAAAAAUGACAUUUCUGUCGGUGUUUACGUACCCUGAUGUCGUUCCAAACCCGUUGAAUCCAAUGCUUCAUAUUCUAAGUCUUCUGAAGAUGUAUGAUAGGUUUUGAUGUGAAGCAACCCAAAAUGUAAGACUUUAUUUCUUUUAGUGAAAAUGUAGACAUUUGUUGCACAUUUAUGAGGGCUGUGAGAUUAAUGUUUGUGUGCUAAAAUUGUGUGUUUCCAUUGUAUAGAAAAAAUGGUCCAUCAUUUCCAUUAAGACUGCUUAUUUUGUGUUCCGCAUAAAGUCAUACAGGUUUAGUACGCCAUGAGAGUGAGUAAAUGGACAUUUACAUUUUUUGGUGAACUAUUCCUUUAAAUUGAAAAGUCCCAAAUGCAAAAAAUAUCCCAGAUUACCCAUAUUUACCCUAUAAUAUACACUGUUUCUAAGGUUAAAGGCUUUUUUCUAUGUUAGAACAGGUAGACUGAACUUAGAUGCGCAUUAAGAGGCAUGGUUUAAGCGUUCCGGUAUAGUUGAAUGAAAGGAGUAUUUGUUAAUGGUACAGAUGCAUUAAUACAGUCAUCUGAGUAUCAUGUCUCAUAUGAAGGAUGUCAAAUUUAGGAUGUCAUUUUUAAUCUUUUUGAACAAAUAUUGAUUUUCUGCUGAUUUGUUUCACAAACGCCGAUUUGCUUCACAAAAAGUGUGUGCAAAAAACGCAUUUGUCUUUUGUAGAUAAAAGAGGUUUUAUAUGUUUACCCAUUUUUUUUUUUAUUCAUAAUGCCAUGUUAUGUAAACUUGUUACUAUGGUGCUUACUGCUAUGCUACAACAUGUUCUGUGAACAAUUAACAAUUUAUUCUACAACGCCAAGACUUUUCAUUUAUGGUAUUAAAAACCGUUGAGUCAGAA